AUCUCUUUCGUACCAUUUCUCCACUCGCGGAGUACUUGCUACUGUUGCAAAAUGGAUGAGAUCAAGGCGAUCGGCGUGGUGGGCGGUGGCCAAAUGGGCUCGGGAAUCGCCCAGCUCGGCGCCAUGAACGGCUUGGACGUGUGGCUCCUUGACUCCGACCCAGAUGCCCUGGCUAGAGCCACCAAAUCUAUUUCCAGUUCCAUCCAAAAAUUUGUCUCCAAAGGCCAGCUUUCUCAGAAGGCGGGAACUGAUGCUAUGAGACUUCUAAGGUGUACUUCAAAUUUGGAAGAACUUCGUUCAGUGGAUAUUGUAAUUGAAGCUAUUGUGGAAUCCGAAGAUGUGAAGAAGAGGCUGUUUCUUGAGCUAGACAAGAUUACUAAACCUUCUGCCAUUUUGGCAUCAAAUACAAGUUCCAUAUCUAUUACUCGGCUCGCGUCUGCUACCAGCAGACCGCGCCAGGUGAUACUCAGAAUAUCCUAUAAAACAUUUAUUUAAAAGGCCAUUGCAUUUUUAUUU